AUGGUUAAGCUAGCUGAAUACUCUCGUACAGCAACUUUUGCUUGGUCUCACCAUAAGAUCCCAUAUUUAAUUACAGGAACUGCAUCCGGAACUGUAGAUGCUAAUUUUUCAAGUGAUUCUACUCUGGAAUUAUGGUCUUUAUUAUCUACUGAUACAAAUAAGCCUGUUACUUCUUUGACUACAGACGCAAAGUUUAACGAUCUGGAUUGGUCUCAUACAAAUGAUUUUAUUGCAGGUGCUCUAGAUAAUGGUAAGAUAGAGUUGUUCUCUUUUGAGAAAAACAGUGAUAUCCCAUCUUUGAAAUCAAUUUCUCAGUUUGCAAAACAUACAGGUGCUACAAAAGUAGUCAGAUUCAAUCCAAAACAAACAAACCUAUUCGCCUCCGGUGGUAGUAAUAACGGAGAAAUUUUCAUCUGGGAUGUUACUAAAUUGACUCCAACAACAAAAGAAUACACUCCCCAAGCUCCAGGUGUACCACUUUCCCAGAUUGCAGAAAUUACAAGUUUAGCAUGGAAUAAAUCUUUAGCUCAUGUUUUUGCAUCUGCUGGUUCCACUACUCAUGCCUCCAUUUGGGAUUUAAAAGCCAAGAAGGAAGUCAUCCAUUUGAACUAUACAUCGCCAACAACCGGUCUAAAACCACAAUUAUCUGUCGUCGAAUGGCAUCCAAUGAACUCUACUCGUGUUGCAACAGCUACCGGAGCGGACAAAGAUCCCUCUAUCUUAGUGUGGGAUUUAAGAAAUUCAAACAUACCAUUACAAGUCAUGUCACAAACUCAAACUCAAGGUGGUAUUCUUUCAUUAGAUUGGUGUUCUCAAGAUGAAUCCUUGAUGUUAGCAUCGGGCCGUGAUAACACCGUGACUCUAUGGAAUCCAGAAACUGGUAAACAAUUAACUACAUAUCCAUCUCGUACCAAUUGGUGUUUCAAAACUCAGUUUGCUCCAGAAUCACCUGAUAUUUUUGCCUCUGCAUCAUUUGAUUCCAAGAUUGAAGUGGUUACUUUACAAGAUUUGACAAACGAAUUAGAUAAACAAGAAACUGUCUCCAAACAAAGUGAAUCAGAAGCCGAUUUUUGGAAUCACGUCAAUCAAGAUGAUCAACAUACAAAGGAAAAACCAAUAGUUUGGAACGCUUACACUCCAAAAUGGUACGGUGCUCCAUCUCCUGCCGCUCAUUGGGGGUUCGGUGGUAAAUUAGUCCGUAUUGCACAAGAUGGUAAAAGUGUCAUAUUAGAGAAACCAAACGUUAAGGGAUUAGAACUAAAUAUGGAACUGAAUGAUGCCUUGAAGUCAAAUGAUUUUAAACCAUUGAUUAAUAAAAGAUUAGCUAAGAAAAUUAACAAAACAAACGAAGAUGAUUGGAAUUUAUUAGAAAAGAUCUCCAUGGAUGGUAAAGUUGAAUUCUUGAAAGAUGCAUUCAGUUUCGAUGAUGAAGAUGAAGAUGAAGAAGUUAUUGGUGGAAUGGAAGGCGAAAAAGAAAGUGGUCAUGAUUCAGGAGAUGAGUUUUUCGAAAAAAUUGAAACAAAUUAUCAACCUUCCGGCCCAUUUACCUUGGAAAAAGAUAUUGACACCAAGAUCAUCAAAAAUCUAGUAAGCAAUAAGUACAAGGAAGCUACUAAACUAUCUCUAGAAAGUGAUUUGUUAAUGGAAGCUCUUGUCAUUGCAUUAGAUUCAGAAGAUGAAUAUUUGAAAGAUAUGGUCAAGAACGCAUAUUUUGCCAAAACAUGCUCCAAAUCAGCUCUUUCAAGAAUCGUUUAUUCUAUUUCCAAAAAAGAUGUUCAAGACAUGAUUCAGAACUUAGAUAUUGAGCAAUGGAAAUUGACACUGAAGACUAUAUUAAAAGUAUACGCUGAGGGCUCUGUCGAGCAAAAAUCUUCUUUAGUCGAAUUAGGUGACAAACUAUUAGCUAAUAACAAGAGACAGGAUGCAUUAGUGGUAUAUCUAGCCGCUGAAUCUCUAGAUAAAAUGGCCACCUUAUGGUUGAAGGAGUUCCCGAUUUUGGAAGAACAAUUGAAAAAUGAAAAAGAUAAGACUUUAUAUGAAGCGCAUUCUGAAUGUCUUACCGAAUUUAUUGAAAGAUUUACUGUUUUGUCCAAAUUUGCUGGUGAUGACUUCAAGAUUCAUAAUGAGCAAUUGAUUUCUAAAUUUUUAGAAUUUGUCGAAAUUACUGCUGCAGGUGGAAAUUUCGAGCUAGCAUCUUCCUUCUUGGAAAUCUUACCAAAGGACAAUGAAGAGGUGAACUCAGAAAAGGAACGUGUGUUAAUUGCAGCUGGAAAGACUAUUGCCAAAGCUACCCCCACUGCUGCUACUACCACAAUGGGCAGUCGUACAAGGAAGCCACAUUACAUCAACAGUGUGAAUCCUCACCGUGGCUCUAACGCCAGUUAUGUUCCACCAAUGCAAAACCAACCUGCAUUACCAACAGGUUUGCAAAUGUACGGUGGUGCACCAGCUGCAACAAGCCAACGCGCACCUUCGGUUGUUGUCACCCCAAAAGUUAAUCCAUAUGCAGCCGAUUUAUCUGCAUCAGUUUCUGCACAUGGUAAUAGAUACGCUCCACCACCAAAUGUUGGUCCAAUUUCCAACAAAAAUGUACCAUUCCAGCAACAGCAACAACAACCAAAUGCUAUGCAACAGGUAAAUCCACCUUUUGUUCCUCCACCAAACCCAUAUGCAACGACUGCAGCAGCAUCGUUAGCAGCUGGCAGUACGCCUGGAAGCCAGCCAAAUGCUUUUGUCCCAUUAAAUUCAACUGGUGACCAAUUUGGCGCUGGCGUCGAUGAACAGCUAACUCAACUGCCUCCACCUGUACCAUCUCAUAUGCACUCAGGGCAAAGUCCGCACUUGAAUAGAAAGGCUAACGAUGGCUGGAAUGAUUUACCAAUUAAGAUAGAGGCAAAACCUUCAAGAGCCAAGGCAGUAUCCGUAGCAAAAACGGGUGUAACUUCAGGAAAUGCAGGUAAUUCUGGAAUUUCAUCCAAUGUUAGUCCAAAUAUGGCUGGUAGCACUAACAUGCCACCUCCUCCAUUAUCAAGGGCCACAUCAUCAGCUUCUAUGAUGACUCCAGGACAGCCUCCUGUAAGAUCAUCAAGAAUUCCAUCGUUAACACAAAUUAAUGGCAAUAUUGGAGGAAUUCCUGUAAAACAACCGGUAAACCCUUACGCACCACCAGCACAAACAGCAAGUAGGAUGAGCAGUGUUGCACAAAGUCCAGCGAAGGCUUCUUCGCCAUAUGCACCACAACUCUCUUCUGUCUCAAUAGCUCCAUCAACUAAUCCCUAUGCACCAAACACGUUGGCUUCCAAUCCUACAUUGCCACCUAAUACAUAUGGAAGCAAUGCCCCACCGAUGAGAACCGAAGUUCCUCCUGCACAACAGAUUGGCCCACCUCCAAUAAAUAGAAAAAGAGGAGCACAAAGUCCAGCUCAUGCCACUAAUGCUACCGAGAUACUGAAUAAAGCACAAAAUGCAUCUUUAUCAAUGGAAGGUACAUCACCUUUAACAACCAGAGAAAAUAGUGUAAAUAUUGAAAAUGUACAAGCAGUUGGGAUUCCAGAAGAUCAACAACCAAUAGUGGAUUACUUGAAAGAGGAAUUAGUUCGUGUUACUCCAUUGACACCAAAGGAAUACCAUAAACAAUUAAAAGAUUGUGACAAAAGAUUGAAAAUCUUGUAUGGACAUUUAGAAAGACAAGAUUUACUAACCCAACCUACCAUUAAUGAAUUAAAGGAAUUAGUUGAGUGUAUGAAACAAAAAGACUACACCAAAGCUAUGCAAAUACAUACAGAUAUAGGUACCAAUCAUCCAGAAGAAGGUGGCAACUGGUUAACUGGUGUGAAGAGAUUAAUCGGUCUAGCUGAUGCUACCGCUUAA